AUGUAUACUCAAGUCGGGCCACAGUUCCGUGAUGAACUUCAGCGUCAUCAUCUUCCUACAUCGAUGGUAAGGGAUAUAAAUGCCAGGUUGGAGAGGAUUGAGCCAAAGGUUUGCUCUGCAGAUGGACUUGGGAGCAAGUUUCCUGCUGGUGAGAUUAAGACUGCCAAUUUUAAUCCCAAAAGAAGCAGCCCAAAGGCCAAGAGUUCCAUGCGUGAUGCGUCUCUGUUUGGAGGAGAGGGUGAUGCCACAGACAAACCCAUCGACCCUAUUAAAGUGUAUUCAGAGAAGGAGCUAAUAAGGGAAUUUGAGAAGAUUGCUUUAACGCUUGUACCUGAGAAAGAUUGGUCUAUCCGCACCGGAGCAAUGCAGAAAAUUGAAGCCCUUGUUAUUGGAGGUGCAGCUGAUUAUGCAUGUUUUCGUGGACUACUUAAGCAACUUGUUGGCCCUUUAAGUACACAAUUAUCUGAUCGAAGAUCCAGCAUAGUGAAGCAGGCUUGCCACUUGUUGAAUUUUCUUUCGAAAGAGCUUUUGGGAGACUUUGAAUCAUGUGCUGAGAGGUUCAUUCCAGCCCUUUUCAAGCUUGUUGUGAUAACGGUACUUGUAAUUGCAGACUCUGCAGAUACUUGCAUAAAAACGAUGUUGCGUAACUGCAAAGUUGACCGUGUACUUCCUCACAUAGCAGAUUGUGCAAAAACUGACCAUAAUGCUGUACUUCGUGCAAGGUGUUGUGAGUAUGCACUUUUGAUGCUAGAAUAUUGGGCUGAUGCACCCGAAGUACAUCGUUCAGCUGAUUUAUAUGAAGACCUUAUUAAGUGUUGUGUGGGAGACGCAAUGAGUGAGGUACGAUCAACUGCGAGAUCUUGCUACAGAAUGUUUGCAAAAACUUGGCCUGAACGUUCCCGGCGCUUGUUUUUAUCCUUUGAUACUGUUGUUCAAAGGAUCAUUAACGAUGAGGGGGGUGGUGUGCACAGACGACAUGCCUCUCCUUUUCAUGAGAGGAGUUCACAAAUGUCCUUUACCCCUCAGGCUUCUGCUCCAAAUGUACCUGGAUAUGGGACUUCUGCUAUAGUUGCUAUGGACAGAAGCACAAGUUUAUCUUCUGGUACAUCUCUUUCCUCUGGGCUACUUUUGUCUCAAGCAAAGUCAGUUGAUAAAGGUACAGAACGUACCCUGGAAAGUGUGCUGCAUGCAAGCAAACAAAAGGUUACAGCUAUUGAAAGCAUGCUUAGAGGUUUGAAUAUAUCUGAGAAAAGCCGAUCAUCUAGUUGGGAUUUAGGAGUUGACCACCCAUCAUCUCGUGAUCCACCCUUCCCUCUUGCUGUUCCUGCUUCCAGUAAUCUCACAAGCUCUUUAUCGCUAGAUACAACAACCUCUAGUGUGUCAAAAGGUAAGAGCUAUAAUGCUGGCCUGAUUUUGUCUGAUAUCAUCCCUCAGAUUCAGGCUUCCAAAGACGUUGGUAAGUUAUCAUAUCGGUGUAAUGUGGGGGCCGAGCCUUUGUUGACACAUCCAUCGUACUCAGCCAAGAGAGCUGGAAAACUACACGAAAGAGGUUCUAUUGAAGAGAACACUGAUGGUAGGGAGGCUAGGCGAUCUAUGACAUUGCAUAUGGAUGGACAAUACUUAGACCCCUCUUAUAAAUAUGCAAAUUAUAGGGAUUCACAGAAUAAUUACAUUCCUAAUUUUCAGCGACCUCUUUCGAGAAAGAAUGUAGUUGGACGAAUGUCAGCAAGCAAAACGAGCUUUGAUGAUAGCCACCUAUCCCCAGGCGAUAUGUCAAUCCAUGUGGGUGGUCCAACUUCUCUCUAUGAUGCUCUGAGUGUGGGGUUCAGUCCUAGUUUAGACUGGAAUGCAAGAGUUGCUGCAUUUAAUUACCUCCGCACUUUGCUACAGCAAGGCCCAAAAGGUACACAAGAAGUCACGCAGAGUUUUGAGAAGGUUAUGAAGUUAUUUUUCCAGCAUUUGGAUGAUCCCCACCAUAAGGUUGCACAGGCCGCGCUAUUGACACUUGCUGACAUUAUCCCAGCUUGUCGAAAGCCCUUUGAAAGUUACAUGGAGAGGAUUUUACCCCACGUUUUCUUGCGCUUGAUUGAUUCGAAGGAAUUAGUAAGGCAACCUUGCUCAGCAACUCUGGAAAUUGUUGGCAGAACCUAUGGGAUAGAGUCUCUUUUGCCAGCUUUGCUUCGUUCUCUUGAUGAGCAGCGGUCGCCAAAGGCAAAAUUGGCUGUUAUUGAAUUUGCUAUUGGUUCCUUUAACAAGCAUGCGCUUAACCCUGAAGCCUUUGGUAGCAGUGGUAUCUUAAAGUUAUGGCUUGCUAAAUUGACACCGUUGGUCCACGAUAAGAAUACAAAACUUAAAGAGGCAGCUAUUAGGUGCAUCAUAUCGGUUUACUCCCACUUUGAUCCAACAGCAGUUCUGAAUUUUAUUCUUAGUUUAUCAGUUGGAGAACAAAGUUCCCUGAGACGAGCCCUUAAGCAGUAUACCCCCCGUAUCGAAGUGGAUUUGCUGAAUUUUCUGCAGAACAAAAAAGAGCGUCAGCGCUCCAAGUCAUUUUAUGAUCUGUCUGAUGAUGUUCGAACAUCCUUGGAAGAAGGAUAUGUUGGAGUGUUAAAGAAAAAUCACUUAUUUGGAAGGUACUCUGGCGGUUCGAUCGAUAGCAAUGGUGGCAGGAAGUGCAAUUCUGCACAGGAAUUAACACAGAUGUCGGGGUUUACUGGUCAAGCACCAGCUAAUGAAAUUCAGGAGCAGUUGUAUCAGGGUCUUGAGACUGGUUCUGAUACUGAGGUACUUACUUACAAAACCCAGGAUCUGAAGUAUGUGGCAACUACAUUAAAUGAACCUUUGGGAUCAUUGACUACAAGGCUAGAAAAUACGAACAGCCAUGCAAACGUGGAGGCUUCAUCCGCACCACGUCUCAAUAUCAACGGUCUGAUUAGUUCUGAUCACCAACGUGUUACCGCCAGCUUUAUUCUUGAUAAUGAGGCUGCACCAGAAUUGAAACUUAAUCAUUCCAAAUUUACAGCUUCAAAGAUCAACUCUGCUCCUGAUGCAGGGCCAAGUAUUCCACAAAUUUUUCAUUUGAUUUGCAAUGGCGAUGAUGAAAGUUCUACCGCAAACAAACAGGGUGCACUUCAGCAGUUAGUUGAGGCUUCUUUGGCUAAUGAUCAAUCCAUUUGGACCAAAUACUUCAAUCAGAUUUUGACGGUUGUACUUGAGCUGCUGGAUGAUCCUGAUUCAUCAAUCCGAGAACUUGCCCUUUCUUUGAUAAUUGGAAUGCUGAAGAAUCAGAAAGAUUCCAUGGAGGAUUCUGAUGAGAUUGUAAUUGAAAAAUUGCUCCAUGUCACGAAGGAUAGUGUUCCGAAAGUUGCAAAUGAAGCUGAGCAUUGUUUGACUAUUGUUUUGUCUCAAUAUGAGCCAUUCAGAUGUUUAAACGUUAUUAUCCCUUUGCUAGUUACCGAAGAAGAGAAAACUCUUGUCACUUGUGUAAACUGUUUAACUAAGGCUGUCCCAAGAGGAACUAAUUGGUCAUUUACCAUCAUUUUUGCCUGCUCUUUUUGAUGCAUUUGGGAACCAGAGUGCGGACGUUCGCAAGACUGUCGUUUUUUGUCUAGUGGACAUCUAUAUCAUGCUUGGGAAAGCAUUCUUGCCAUACUUGGAGGGGCUUAAUAGCACACAAUUGCGAUUGGUAACAAUUUAUGCAAACAGGAUAUCGCAGGCCAGGACACGUACUCCAAUAGAUGCAAACCAUGUUUAGCUGGCUUUGUAGGUGUAUAUUUGUGGGUGCGGUGAGUUGGUUUUGGUCAUUCAUUUGUUGUGUAUCUUGUAUAUUGUGGGAAAUGUGCCAUUUGAAUGGUGGGUCAUUAUAAUUUUUUUAAUAUAAAAAUUGUUUAUUUUGUCCUUUUCACUUGUUUGAUUUGGAAAUGAGGAAGAGAGGUGGUGAUGGGAGACAAAUAUGUGAAAUUGUGCUGCUGGUGUCCAUAACGAAAUCUGCAUUUUCUGCAAAAUCAUCCUCUUUUGCAUGGAUGUAGGAAAGAAAUGUGGUUUUGGUCAAUUAUGAACGUUCAAUGUAAAACAUUGGCACGCAUCUGUUGGCAAACUGACUUGUGUGGCAGGGCAGGGACCUCGUUUAUGGGCUGUGAGAUUUUGUACGAAGCUAUUUUACAUUUCAUGUGGUUGAAUCAAUUUUUUAUUUUUGAGUGUGUUAUGUUAGAGUUUUUUAUAUACAGAGAGUUGCUCCAAUAAUGUGUUGUUUGGAUUCAUCGUGUCAAUGUUAAAACCA